CCCGGCUGUGGAACCGGAGGACUGGAGGACUGCGUUCCAGGCAGAGGAGGCCCUUCCCUGUCCCUGACAGCAGUGAUGGUAAGAUGUUUGAAAAGAGGGAUCUGGUCCUGUUAAAAGCUUGCAAACCGUGUGGAUUGCUCAUCCGCAAGCCCUCCCAGUGUGACUUCGUGGUUCCAUGAUGAUGCUCACCCGAGGCCUGGAGUGGAUACCAAAGAUGACUGCCUUGCCAUCUGGGGACAGCUGGGCCCCCGCAGCUGCCGUGACCCCCACCACUCCUGGGUCCACCGAGGGACUUGCCUGCGCCCUCCAGGCCCCUGGGAUGAGUUUGCAGAAGAGGAUCUUCCCCCGGAGGCAGAUCGGGACCUACGAAGGGGUGGCUAAGUCCAGUGCAGCCACCACACGUCAACCGAGGGCCAGGGACCAGGACAGGAAGAAGGGCAGCCUCACGUCCUCCCUGAGGAUGGAGCCGCACAGCCGAUCUGGAAGGAGCAGAAAAGCCACCAAGUUCCGGUCCAUCUCCCGGUCCCUGGUCCUCUGUAACGCCAAGGCCAGCGACGACGGCUCCAGCCCCGACGAGCAGGGCCCCGGUCCCUUUGAGGUCUCGCUGGGUCGGGGCGAGGAAGGCGUCUUCCACUCACCUGUGCAGCUGGCAGACACGUCGGAGGCUGGGCCCGGCAGCGUCCCCGAUCUGACGCUGUGCUCUGAGGCCGCCGUCCGAGCCGCUGGGAGGGACCGAGGCAAGAACGGCAGGAGGAUGUUCUUCACGAAGGAAGCUUCUACAACUUCCUCUCGAGAAAAGUCUGGAAAACUAGAAGCACAAAGCAGUACCUUCCUGUUUCCCAAAGCCUGUCACCAAAGGACACGCAGCAACUCAACCAGUGUCGGCGCCUCCUGCAGCGCGGAGCUGGACUUUCCCGUGACCAGGCCGUCUGCCGCUCGCCGGGCCGGGGAGCCGCGCACGCUCUGCAGCGACAGGAAGUGUCUGUCCCAGCAGCUGGACCGGCCCGCGGGAAAGACCGUGGACACGGCCGGACCCACGCGGUCGCUGAGCACGGCUCAGCUCGUGCUGCCCUCGGGGGCCCUGCAGGCUUCCGUCAUCUCCAGCAUCGUGCUGAUGAAGGGCCAGGCCAAGGGCCUGGGCUUCAGCAUCGUUGGGGGAAAGGACAGCAUUUAUGGCCCCAUUGGAAUUUACGUCAAAACCAUCUUUGCAGAGGGAGCGGCGGCAGCCGAUGGCCGGCUGCAGGAAGGCGAUGAAAUUCUGGAACUCAACGGUGAGUCCAUGGGCGGACUGACUCAUCAGGAUGCUUUGCAGAAGUUCAAGCAAGCCAAAAAGGGGCUCCUGACCCUCACGGUGAGGACCCGCCUGACGGCCCCCCACUCCCUGAGCAGCCCCCUGUCUCCCCCACUGUGCCGCUCGCUGAGCUCCAGCACCUGUGUCGCCAAGGCCAGCGGCUCCUUCCUCUUGGAAACGCCCCCGGCUCCUGCCAGCACUGCCAAGCCCAAUCACAGAGUCAUGGUGGAGGUUUCUCUGAGGAAAGAGGCCGGCGUUGGUCUGGGCAUCGGCCUGUGCAGCGUCCCCUACUUCCAGUGCAUCUCGGGCAUCUUCGUUCACGCGCUGUCCCCGGGAUCUGUGGCGCACCUGGAUGGACGGCUCCGGUGUGGUGACGAGAUUGUAGAAAUCAACGACUGCCCCGCACACUGCAUGUCGCUCAACGCGGUCUACGCGAUCCUGAGCCACUGUGACCCUGGCCCAGUCCCCAUCAUCGUCAGCCGGCAUCCGGACCCGCAGGUCUCCGAGCAGCAGCUCAAAGAUGCUGUGGCCCAGGCUGCGGAGCACAGGUUUGGAAAGGAGAGGCAUCAGUGGAGUCUGGAAGGUGCCAAAAGGCUGGAGAGCAGCUGGCAUGGGCGGCCAGCCUCGGAGAAGGAGCGAGAGAAGCACUCGGCACCCCCGCUCCGCCGGGCCCCGAAGGUCCUGGUCCGCUCCAGCAGCGACAGCAGCUACGUGUCCGGGUCCCCCGGGGGAAGUCCCAGCAGCGGCGGGGAGCAGCCGCCGUCGGGCCUGGUAGCGAGGACACGCAGUCCUGGGAUCCAGGACCCAGGGCCGCUUCCCGAGACGGCGUCCGGGCCCCCCCAGGACAGUCUGCGCCCCCGCGAGAACCAGGACGACCAGCCGCCACCGAGACUGAAGAAAUCUUUUGAGAUUUUCGUCAGAAAGCCUACGUCCUCCAAGCCGAAGCCUCCACCCAGAAAAUACUUCAAAAGCGACCCGCCUAAGAGUCUGGAGGAGCAGGAGGACUCGUGCCCGCCGGGGCGCACCGUGUCCGCCCGCGCCCAGGAAGCCAGAGAGCUGCUGCCACCGCUGCCACCGCAAGAAGUCCCAGCAGGGGCUGUCUCCCAGGCCGGGGCCUGCUGCCCGGGACCUGCUGCCGGCCUGCAGACAGCGUGCCCCUCGGAGGCCGAGCCGCGGACAGCAGGCAGCCCAGUGGCUCCCACGUCCCCAGCGAGACACCCAGUGCUCACCAGGCAGGCACGGGUGGACCACGGCCUUGACAGCGCCGCCGAAGACCCCUGGGUCAGAAUUUCUGACUGUAUCAAGAGCCUGUUCAGCCCCGUCAUGAGUGAGAACCACGGCCACGUGCCACUCCGGUCCCCCAGCAGCCUCGUUCAGGAGGACGGGGUGCAGGACCACCGGGAUGGGAGCCCCACAGAGCUGGACGCCACCAGCAAUGCUCCCAAAGCAUACAAGUCGGCGGAUGGCGGUACCGUGAAGAAGGGGCCACCUGUGGCCCCGAAGCCAGCCUGGUUUCGCCAGAGCUUGAAAGGCCUGAGGCAUCGCGGUCCGGACGCCAGGCCGCUGCCCGCCCCCAGGGAGCACCUGGGGCCGCCCACGCGGGCCUCCAGCUCCAUCAGGCAGAGGAUCAGCAACUUUGAGACCUUUGGCUCCUCCCAGCUGUGUGACAAAGGCGCUCAGAGACCGGGCCCGCAGCCCCCGGGGACCCUGGGGGACACAGCCAAGUCUCCCGGGAAGCCAGACGGAGGAUGGGGUCCCGGGCCCUCCGGCCGAGAGGCCCUCCCCACUGACCAGCCACCCUCUGGCUCCCACGGGGCCACAGAGGCCAGUGCCCCGUGUGCACCAGGGACCCCUCCCCCAGAGCGGCUGCCCAGUCACGCAGCCCUCGCCCCUGACUCUGUGCUGCGACCACCGUCCAUGCAGACUGUGGCCCCUCAAGGCCCGGUGGUCAAAGCGCCCAGCCAGCGGGCGCGCAGCUUCCCCCUGACCAGGGCCUCGUCCUGCGAGGCGCGGCUGCCGCAGGAGGACACCGGCAGGCUGUACUCCAUCAGCAGCCGCGUGUCCUCCGCCGUCAUGAAGUCCCUGCUGUGCCUCCCGUCCUCACCCUCCUGGGACCAGGCCCCCUGCAGCCCCCAGGAAGUGCCGUCUCCAGUGUCCUCAUCUAGACCAGACGCGGCAGCUGACAGUCCCGAAGGAUCCGCAGCCUCCGACACUGGCUUCUCGCUCAACCUUUCGGAGCUCAGAGAGUACUCGGAGGGCCUCGGCGAGCCCACAGGAGCCGACGACUGCGUGCCCCCUGCCGCCGGCCAGUCGGUCAUCUCCCUGCUGAGCUCCAAGGAGUUACAGCAGCUCAUUGAGGAAGUGAGGGUUCUGGAUGAAGCAACGCUGAAGCAACUAGACAGCAUCCACGUCACCGUCCUGCACAAGGAGGAAGGGGCCGGCCUCGGCUUCAGCUUGGCAGGGGGAGCGGAUCUGGAGAACAAGGUGGUCACGGUUCACAGGGUGUUCCCCAGCGGCCUGGCCUCUCGGGAAGGGACCAUUCAGAAGGGCAACGAGGUUCUGUCCAUCAACGGCAAGUCCCUCAAAGGGGCCACCCACAACGAUGCGCUGGCCAUCCUCCGCCAAGCUCGGGACCCCAGGCAGGCCGUGAUCGUCACGAGGAAGCCGACGCUGGAGGCCACACCCGACCUCAGCCCCACCACUGACUCUGCAGCCUCUGCAUCUGGGGCUGGUGACGUCUCCGCAGAAUCCGCGGAGGCCACGGUCUGCACGGUGACACUGGACAAGACCUCCGCAGGGCUGGGCUUCAGCCUGGAAGGCGGGAAGGGCUCGCUGCACGGGGACAAGCCGCUCGUCAUCAACCGGAUCUUCAGAGGGGCAGCGUCAGGACAGAGCGACACAGUGAGGCCAGGGGAUGAAAUCUUACAAUUGGCUGGCAGUGCCGUGCAGGGCCUCACACGGUUCGAAGCCUGGAACGUCAUCAAGGCGCUGCCUGAUGGGCCCGUCACGCUUCUCAUCAGGAGGAAAGGCCUGCAGUCCGAGGGGACCACAGCCUCUGGAAACCCGUAGGCCGAGCACCAGCACUGAUGCCACAGCCAGUGGCACGCAGAUCCUCAGGGUCGCUGCCGACCCCACCGAGAGGAGAGAGGGCACAGGGCUGCUGCCCAGUGGCUGCUACCCAGGCCCAGACCCUCUGGGACACCACC